AUGAACAAAAUCACCGAUGUUAAAUUAAAUGGUUCUAAUUUUCUUGGUUGGAGUAAAACUAUUAUCGUCCACCUCCGUAGUAUUGACAAGGACGAUCACUUGGAUUCGGAUCCUCCCACUGAUGAUGUCAAAAAUGAUACUCGUCGGGCGUGGUUACGUGAUGAUGCAAAAUUGCUUGUUCAAAUUCGAAACUCCAUCGAGCCCGAUAUACUCUCUUUGGUCAAUCAUUGUGAAUUUGUCAAAGAAUUGAUUGAUUAUCUAACCUUCUUAUACUCUGGACGUACCAAUAUCUCUCGUAUUUAUUCAGUUUGCAAGUCGUUUCAUAGAGGAGAGCAACAGGACAAAAAUGUUACGGCAUAUGUCAUGGAGUUUAACAAGGUUUAUGAGGAACUAAACUCUCUCCUUCCAUUAACCGGCGAUAUCAAAGCAAUGCAGAAGCAACGGGAACAAAUUGCUGUUAUGAGCUUCUUGACUGGGUUACGUCCAGAAUUUGAUGCCUUCAAGAAUCAACUUCUUUCCGAAUCAGCCAUUCCUUCUCUCCAAGAGACAUUUUCCCGAUUUCUUCGUACCGAGGAAAUGCAAUCUCCCGCUUUCGGCACUCACGUCUCUCAACAUAGUGCCAUGGUCAGUCGUGGAGGCUCGCAAGGUAGUUUUCGUGGCGGAUCUCGACGAGGCUCUCGAGGGGGAUCUCGGGGUGGUACUCGAGGAGGUCCGACAAAUCGUGGAUCUCGUAAUCCCGAAUCUGACGACGUGGAGUGUUAUUAUUGUCAUGAAUUUGGGCACACUAAGUAUUCAUGUCCUCAGUUAGAGAAGAAGAAUCAGAAGGGCCCCUCUGCUCAUGUUGCAUCAUCGUCUGACAUGGUCACUAUUUCUGCUGAGGAGUAUUCUCGACUUACUGCAACAGAGAGACCUUCUUCAUCCGCUGCUGUCUUUGCUGACACAGGUAAUUCUGGUACAUGCCUCAUAUCUAAAGGCACCAGAUGGGUCGUUGAUUCAGGUGCAUCAGAUCAUAUGACAGGUAACCCAAACCUUUUUUCCACCCUUGACCCCCAUACACCUUCUUCUCAUGUCACUAUUGCUGACGGGUCUACUACUCGUGUCCUUGGUUCUGGUUCAGAUCUUUCAACGAAGCAGAUCCUUGGUCAAGGACAUGAAUCUGAUGGCCUCUAUGUUUUCGACUCUCCCACAUCUAAGUCACUUGUUUGCACCUCCUCCGCACUAGAUACGCAUUGUCGUCUUGGUCAUCCUUCCCUCCAAAGUUUAAAAAGAUUGGAUCCUCAGUUUUCAAGGGUGCAGAAAGGGUAUUGGUGUUUCUCUCCUGUCCUUGGUCGGUAUGUCGUGUCUAGGGAUGUUAGUUUUAAUGAACACCUUCCAUUUUUUCCUACUCGAGAGCUUCCACCUCCAGAUGAAGACGACUUCUUGGUAUAUUCUGUUACUCUCACUAGGCCUCCUUCCCCUCUGCCUCAGAGAACUCGGCCACCCAUUACACAGACAUAUACUCGACGCUCUCAAUCACAUCGCGAGGUCAUCAUAGAUUCUGAUUCACGCCCUUUGCCUGCUGCUCCGGUGGAAGACCCUGUCCCCGAACCAAAUAACCCUAAUGACCUUCCUGUUGCGCUUCGAAAAGUUGCUGCUGCAGAUUUUGUGUUAUCUCUUACAGUAGCAUUGACUGAAAAGAAUCUUCCAUCCAAUAAGUUAACAAAAAAUAAAAUAUCAUCUUCGAUUAAUGUUAAAAAUCAGACUCUUAAUUUUUUAUCGGGUUCGACUAGUGAUGGAGAUGAGAAUACUUCGAGGAAUGCAUCUGAACUGUCAUCCACCAUGGAAUUGAAAUUCCUUCUUUGGAAUAAACUCAAUGAUCUUAUAACUCUCGUGAAGAAGCUUACAGCGUGGAGCAGAAAAAGCCGUUCUUUGCAUGCAAAAGGAUUGGAAAGGGUGUUGAAGUGGCUGCAUGAAAUUAAAAACCGUUGUGGUGGCUUUCAAGAUGAGGCAGAACCGCAUAUGAUGAAGGCUGGUUCUUUGCUUUUGUGUUCUUGUUGGAAACAUUAUGGCAUGCUCAUGCAUAUAGAAGACCACAAGUUUUAUCAGCAACAUAAAGAACUGCUCAGCCAGUAUUUGUCCGGUAUUCAGUUUUAUGCUGAUGACCAAGAUGAAGAUCCUAAUAAUGGUCGAAACAGCAAAUCGGAUACCAUCAACUUUUUCCUGAACUGUCUUUUGCUUUUAUUGGGUAGACUAGAUAGUCAUCAAUUCGGGAAUGCAAUAGAAGAGUUUGGAUCUCAAAUUUCUCAAGUGCUCAUGUCUCAGUUACGGUCUACUGAUGCGGAAGUUAUUGAUGGAGCUAUUAGCAUAUUCAAAUCUGUAGUCUGGAGAACGAAUCAUACUUUAUCCAGAAGAAGUCUUGAUAACGGUAGACAAAUGGAUGCUUUACUUCCAAUGCUGCUCAAUUUUUUGGAGGAACAGGAUACCGCCGCAAAAGCUAUUGUAGAGCUGCUGGCCGAAUAUUGUUCAGUAUGUUCAGACCGGAACUGUCUUUAUGAAGUUCUAAAGCGCAUUGGCUCCCCAAAUGUUGCCCAAAGGAGAAAUGUUGUUGAUUUUGUAGCAGAUCUCGUUUACAUAUCCUCUGGGGCAACUAAUGCACUUCCACAAGCGGCAUGGAAGGAUAUUGCUAAUCACUUAUUAGAGUGUCUUGAAGAUGAAGAUCGGAGUGUGCGAAACCAGGCAGCCAAUUUGAUUCCCAAGAUUGAUCCAAUGUUGGUUUUACCGACGCUCGUUGAACUAAUUCAUUCAAGUGAAGAAAGCAUACAAAUAUUGGCACGUAAUGCUCUCAUGGCGUUGCUGGUCAAUCAUAAACAGAAACCAGAAGUCGUGUGUUUACUGCUUGACUGUCUUAGCAAAAUCUCUCAGGACCCAAAUUCCGGUGCUUCUACUGGCAAAAAAGAAGGAUCAGCUGUAGAUGCCGAUAAGCUGUUGAAGUUGCUUUCUGAAUGGGCAAUUCAUGUUGAAGAUUGGCAUAAUAUAGCUGGUCCCUUGAUAGACAAGAUGUUUGCUGAGCCAUCAAAUGCUGUCAUCGUCAGAUUCCUCAGUCAUAUAAGUGAAUACUUGGCUGAUGCCGUGGAUGUAGUUUUUAAUCGACUGAUGGUUCAUGUGAGAGAGCAGAAAGAAAAUGGUGAUUGCUUUACAGAAGGGAAAGUAAUGACUGACUCAGACAAUGAGGUGAUGCAGCGGGAGCAGUGUCUCUUUAGUCGACUUUGCCCGUUGCUUGUUAUCAGACUGCUUCCAUUAAGAGUCUUUGAUGACCUCAAUUCUCCUAUUGUGUAUGGUGAAUCUUUGAGGAAUUCAGAUAUCCAUGACAGGCAUAUUACCUUUGAGGCCACCGAUUGCAUUGCUGCCUUGACGAUUAACAGGGCUUUGAGUAAGACCGAAUUUGAAGAUGUCAGGAAGCUUGCGGCUGAGCUAUGUGGGAGAAUUCACCCUAAGGUUCUUGUUCCAAUUUUGGCUUCUCAGUUGAAAUCCUCUGCUGCCACCAAGGAUGUUUUGAGGAUCAAAGUUUGCCUUUUUUCCUUGUGUACGUCUCUAAUGGUAAGAGGGGAUGAUGUUUAUAAGCAUCCUGAUUUGCGUAGCAUAAAGAAAACGAUAAGGAAAGUUUUAUCAUGGAUGUCAGUUGAUGGGGAUGAAAUUUCUAAAGCACAGCACGGAUGCAUCGACUGUCUGGCUUUGAUGUUGUGCACAGAACUUCGAGCUCCCGAGUAUUCAACAGGCGCAAUCAUUCCCAAAGGUUCUGUGCUUGGGUAUGUGAUGGAUCAGUUAACGAGUGAUAAAGAUGACAUUUUCAUUAAAUCUGAUGGAGACAAUAGUACGCCUGACGCAAAUACAUGCCUCCCAUUUCGACUAUGCAUGGCUAAUGUACUCAUAAGCGCCUGCAAGAAGAUUCCGGAUACUGGAAAGAAACCCUUCACCAAAAAAAUUCUUCCAAUUGUUAUCCGUGCUGUUGGGGAGAUGGUGGAACCGGAGAUUAGGGUAGCUUGCAUGCAGAUUCUUUUCACGGUGGCAUACCAUUUGAAGUCUUUUAUAUAUCCGUAUUCGAAUGAUCUUCUUAGAGUCGUUCUCAAAUCACUUAGGGAAGGAUCUCCAGAGGAGAAAAUGUCAGCGGCAAGGUUGCUGACAUGUCUUAUGGCUAGUGAAGACGAGGUGGUCGAGAGCAUAGCCAACGGGCUAUUAGAAGCAAAAUUGUUGCUUCACGACCUAUCGGGUAAGGACCCUUCACCAGAUGUUCGGCUUAUGUGCAAGCAACUACUUACUUGCUUCACUUCUCAUUAA